CGCUCUCUGCGUGGCUUCCCUUUUGACUUAUUGUACUGCUUCUCUAUCUCUUCUCUGAUCUUGUGCUCUGUCCAUGGCUGACAAUAUGACCAAUGAAGCGUCUUCUUCCUCCCAUCGUUGGAUCUAUGACGUCUACCUUAAUUUUUACAGUUUAGAUACUCGAAGGAACUUCAUCCAUUACCUCCAUAAAGAGUUGUCCAGGAAUGGAAUUUACACCUUCUUAGACGAGGAAGAGCUAAAGGGCGGAGAGAAUAUAACUGCACAAAUCCUAGAAGCCAUCGAAGGUUCAAGGAUUGCCAUUAUAGUCUUCUCUGAGAAUUAUGCUUCUUCGCCUUGGUGCCUUCGUGAACUGACAAGUAUACUCGAUCGCAAAAAAAUUGGCCGAAUACAAGAGGUACUGCCUGUUUUCUACAAGGUAGAUCCAUCUGAUGUCAGGCAUCAACGUAACACUUAUGCGAAGGCACUUGAGAGACACGAAGAGCGUUAUGAGAAGAAGAUGGUGGAGAGAUGGAAGGCUGCUCUCAAAGAAGCUGCGAAUUUGUCAGGCUGGGAUCAAGUAAAUAUUGCAAAUGGGUAUGAGACGGAGCUUACAAAGAUAAUUGUUGAAGAAGUAUUGAAAAAAGUGGAAAACAUACUCUUGUUUGAUGUGGCAUGUACAAUUGGGUUAGAUUUCCACACUAAGCACAUAGGUAGUUUGCUAAAUGAUGGAUUAGAUGUUCGCAUCGUAGGGAUAUAUGGCCCUGGUGGAAUUGGUAAGACAGCUAUUGCAAAAGCUGUUUUUAAAGACAUGUUUACUAAAUUUGAAGGUAGCAGCUUUCUUCGUAAUGUUGGAGAGCUUUCAAGUAACCAUAAAUGUUUAGCUUUCUUACAAAGAAUGCUUCUCACUGAUAUAUUUAGGGGAAUAAAUAUAGACAUAGACUAUGAGGACAAAGGAAUCAUAAUUAUCAAAGAACGUCUAUGUCAUAAAAAAGUUCUUAUCGUUCUCGACGAUGUGGAUGAAAUGAGACAAUUCUAUAAAUUGGUUGGAGGGCAUGGCUGUUUGGGUCCAGGAAGUCGGAUCAUCCUAACUACCAGAGAUGAACAUCUGCUAAAUAAGUUGGAUGUUGAUGAAAGAUAUAUGGUCAAAACAAUGAAUCAAAGUGAAUCACUUCAACUUUUCAGUUUCCAUGCCUUUCAACAAAAGCAUCCACCUCAAGGUUAUGAACAACUCUCAAAUGAUGUAAUACAUUAUGCAGGGGGCCUUCCAUUCGCUCUUGAGAUUUUGGGUUCUUCUCUAUGGAAAAAACAUCAAAAUGUGUGGAAAGAAGUAUUGAAGAAAUUAAGAGAGUCACCCAAUUAUGAGAUUUUUGAAAAGCUUAAAAUAAGUUAUGAUGUAUUAGAUGAUUUCAACCAGGCCAUAUUCCUUGAUAUAUCAUGCUUUUUCAUUGGAAAGGACAAGAAAUUUGUAAUUAGAUUUCUAGAUGCUUGUGGUCUGGGCGGAGAAAUUGGAAUUAAAAUUCUCACAGAGAGAUCUUUGAUAACAAUCAAUGAAGAUAACAGACUGUGUAUGCAUAAUAUAAUUCGAGGCAUGGGUAGAGAAAUCGUUCACAAAGAGUCCUUUCAGCAUCCUGGAAAACGUAGCAGAUUGUGGAACCAUCAUGAUGUCCUUAAUGUACUACAACAUCGCACUGGAACUGAUGCAGUUGAAGGCCUUCAGUUAAAGGGGAAUGAGUUCAGCCCAUUGUCCAUUGAAGGAUUUUUUAGUAUGCCUAAUCUAAGAUUACUCAAAGUUAAUAGUUGAAGAUUCGACAUCACUAUAGAUUGGGAACAUUCUUUUCAGAAGUGGGGUUUCUGUUUCGAAAACUUAGUUUGGUUUAGUUGGAAAGUAUUCCCAUACGAAUAUAUACCAAAUAAUUUUCAUCUCGGAAACCUUGUUAUUCUUGACAUGCAAGAGAGCAAACUGAAAGAAUUUUGGAAGGGAACCAAGUAUCUCACAAAGUUGGAGGUCCUCAAUCUUAGUUAUUCCCGCCACCUAACCUGUAACCCUGAUUUCUUAGGGCUCCUGAAUCUUGAAAACUUGAAUCUAAGCCAAUGCAGCAAGCUCCAGAAUCUUUCAACCAGUAUUUCUUUCUGCACAAAACUUGAAACUCUGAAUAUGUGGAAUUGCCAAAGACUCGAAUCACUCCCAUUGCUUCCAUCUAGUUUGCGUUUUCUUGAUGUAUCAUGUUGCAAAAAGUUGAAAAGCUUACCAAAUCUUUCAAACUUGAAGCACCUACUGAUGCUAGAUCUUUCAUACUGUGAAAUGUUAACUGAAGUUGAGGGAUUGGAGGGUUUGAAGUCUGCAGAAACUAUCAAAUUAUUUAACUGCAUCAAUUUGAAAAGUUUUGUCAAAAAGAGAAUCAUUCAGGACAUAUGUAAAGACUUUGGAAAUCUUAAUGUUUGUGACAUCAUUUUCGGUGGGAAUGAGGUUCCAGAGUGGUUUGGCUUUCAAAGUGAGUCACAUUCAUUAUCUUGUGAGGUUACUAAACCUCUUAACAUGGAAAUGAAAGGGUUGAUUAUAUGCAUUGUUUGUUCGGACGCCACAGGAGGAUGGUUGUUCCAGAAUUUCAACUUUGUUAAAGUAGUGGUUGUAGUUUAUAAUGAAUCAAAGGAUUUUACAUGGAGGCACGAAAGUGUAAUCUCACUUGAUCAUGAAGAAAUGACUACUUGGGUAAUCAAGAUACCAAAUUGUGUUUGGAAAGCUGAAGAUGGGGAUACCAUCAAAUUCUCAGUCAAGAGAACCAUUCGCCACGAUUAUAUACCUGGGAAGGUGAUCAAACUUCGGGUGAAGAAAAUUGGGGUCCACUUCUGCUGUGUGUCACAGGAUAAGGAGGUAUCUGAGGAAAAUUCUGAAGCAUCCCCAAGCAUUUAGUAUUUUGGAUUUCUUCAAUCAUUUGUGAGAUAUUUGCAAGAUGAAUCAGGUGAACCACAUCCAUCUUAAACUCCCAAAAUCAUGCAUUUUGCAUCAUACUAUGGAUUUAAGAAUUGGGAUUGGAUUGGCCUCCAAUCUUCUCAGCAUCACUUCCAAGAUCUAGGAUAGGGGUAGAUUUCUUUUGAUUUUGACCAAUCCAAGCUAAAUUGAAAUUGGCUAGGACCGACCCAAGUCUUUAUUCUUCUCUUAUAAACAAUGAUCAUACAUGUUUUAAGUAUUUUGUAGUUUUCUUUAUAUGGGCAAGAGAUCACUACCUAAUCGUGUGGCCCUUGUACCAACGCGGGGCCAUAAUUUCGGGUGAUCCUUUGUAUAGGCGCAUGAGCCAUGUUCUUUCCUUCUUCUAUUUGAUGGUUUAUGGUUUCCUUCCAAGAGCUAAACUUCUUUUUCCCUAGUAUUCCUACAUUCUGAAACCCUAAAA